CGUUAGCCUCACGAAAAUGCCGACUAUCAAGGAGAUCCUAGACGAGGAAUCGCCGCCGGCUUCAUUGCCUGCCGGCCCACAAAUGAAGCAUCAUGACAAUCAUGAUAAAUUUAUGGAAGAUCUCAUGAAGACUCCUCUGUUCAUGAAAACUAUGCCAACGGAGCAGGAUAUGGAAGAGAAUGAAACCUUGGCUGCACUCCACUCUCUGAUCUAUGAUGGUACCCCAGAAGAGAUUGCAACCAACUUCAAAAAUCAAGGCAACGAGUGCUUUCAAGGAGGCCGCUCUCAAUACAAGCAUGUCAUAAACUAUUACACAAAAGCAUUAGACCAGAAAGCGGACGAUGCAAAGCUGAAUGCUACGAUUUAUGCCAACCGCGCUGCCGUAAACCUAGAGCUUGGUAACUAUCGCAAAGUCUUGAAUGACUGUGCAGCCGCGAUAACAUUGCAGCCCGAGAACGUCAAAGCUUAUUACCGGUCAGCAAAGGCGCUUUUGGCGUUGGACAAAAUCCCGGAAGCGCUGGACUGCUGCGAGCGAGGCUUGAAGGUAGACGCCGAUAAUGCUGCGCUGAAAAAGGAAAAGGAAAAGGUCCUGAAGCGAAAGCAAGUUUUGGAUGAAACGGAAAAAAAGCGGCAGGAACAGGAAGCGAAAAGAAAAGAGGAUGAUUCGAGAUUACAGGAAGCCAUCAAGUUGCGUGGAAUCAAAAUGGUGAGCCGCGAGCAAGUGGAACGGGAUGACGAAGAUUCCGACGCGGAACACCAACCUAUAAUAGCUCACCCUUUACAAGGGGAUCACCGUGUGAAAUUAGAUCCAGUUACUGGAGCGCUGACUUGGCCGGUAGUCCUGCUCUAUCCCCAGUACAACGAAUCGGAUUUGAUUGCUGCCUUCCACGAAGAGGACACUUUUGCGGACCAUCUUCAACUCAUGUUUGGCGAGGAGCGGCCGGGCUGGGACGUUGAACAAACCUAUACACCGGAUCGGUUGGAGGUGUAUUUUGAGGCGCAGGUGGAAGGGAACCCCCCAAAGCUGCUGCGUGUAGGGAACAAAUUGAGACUCCUGGACAUUUUGAAGCAUCCGGAUUACCAGAUCAUUGACGGUGUCUGUACUUUCUUUGUUAUACCUGGAGGAACUGACUACUCGAAAGCGUUUCGAAGAAAGUACAAGAAAAGAAAACCCUAGACCAGGAUCGAGGAUUAUCAUUUCUUUGUAAAUAGCUAGCAUUUGACAUGUAUUUACUUUGCUCAGCAUACUACUAGAUGCGGACCAUAGGUAGCAUAAAGGUUUAUCAACACGCCUAAUAGAGAAUCUGCGGCAAUGCUUGGUCACAA